CAUGGCCGCCUCCUUGUGACGCGCCCUGUUGCACUGAUAAUAUUUAGUUUGCUUUUCUGUGUGCACUUGCUAUAGGUACAUCUUCGGAAAUCACAAUGGAACAGAUAUUAAGAGGUGUGCUUGCCUCCGACAAACCAGAACCUCUGAAGAGAGCCUUAUUCAACAUGAUAGCAGAGAAAGGCAAAUUAGUUCAGCAAGUAGGGUCUAUAUCAGAAGUAUUGAAUAUAUCCAUGCAUUGUGUGAUUGAUGGAAAAACACAAGUGGAAUACGAAGAAGGUCUUAAGAUAUACAUAUCAUGGGCCAGACAUAACAGAGCAACAUUUGAGCAUUUCUUCACCAAGGAGGUGUUACUUUCUUUGUUGUCUGGACAGUAUCAGAACAGUGGGGCAUUAGUGGACCUUAUUCAUGAGAGCAUGAGAAUACUUCAGGCAAGCCCUAGUUUCAUGCACCUUAGUCAAAUCAUAGCAGUCAAAGGGGCAAGCUUUGUGAGGGAACACCCAGAUGCAGAGGUGGUUGGAAAGUUUGCCAAGUUUUUACUGGAGUUCAGAAACUGUAUACCUCAAGGAGAAGCUAGUAGACCCUUCUGCGAGACCCUCAUCACAGCACUGGGCAUGUUACAACCACCAGAUGGCGCUGGUGAACUGCAGAAAUUACCAGAAUUUGUUCAUCAUGUUGAAGAGGUUGCUUCUCUCUUAAAACAUAUCUGGGACAAUAGUGACACAGAUACCAUAGUCCGCUGCCUACAGACAGUCUUCAGGCUUAUCUCUUGUACAGAUGAGGUCUUUGGUCCCCCGUUCUGCCUGGCUUCCCUGGUAGAGCACAUACCAAAAGACAUGAGGAAGACAGUGGUCAAGAGUGUGGUCACAGAUCCUAGGAUAAAUGACACCAUGAUGACCAUAGCACUGACCAGGAUGCUGGACUGGCUUAGGUGGCCAAAGUCAGAUGGGGUGGACGAGUGGUUGGGGUCAUUUUUACAGGGCCUGGCAAGUGUCCACAAGUAUACUAUAUUGAUUAAGAUCACAGAGGAGAACAUUGACAUGGUGUUCAGGUUGCUGCAGUUUCGUUUUGCACGUCAGGGUGUGAUCAGGGUGCUUUACAGCCUGUUGCUAGGAUACCAACAUUCACCAGAUGCAUUUCACAAGAUAGUCAACGAUGUGCCUACUGUGAUAGCCCACCUGGGAACAGAGAACUCACCUAGUAGUAAAAACUGCUUAGAGCAACUUUCACAUAUGUUGCACUGCCUCAUGUAUCUGCAUGCAGGCUUUCCUGAGUUGUAUGAUCCUGUGUUGGAAGCCGUUAAGGGUUUUCCCAGACCCUCCUCAGAUGUGAUAAAGCAGAGACUGUCAGAGUACAGAUGGGGAGUUCAACAGGAAUCCACUACUGGAGUUUUGUCCAAGAUAACCAGGAAGUCUGAGACUGGGAAGGUUGGAUUGGUCAACCUAGGGAACACGUGUUAUAUGAACAGUGUGAUACAGGCACUUUAUAUGUGUGAUGGGUUCCGUCAAGCUUUGUUGAGUUCCCCAGCAGAUCCACACUGCCCUCUAUUGGUCAAAAUGCAGUAUUUAGCGGCUUUCCUGGGCCAUUCUCAGAGAGCUGCCUUUUCUCCGACCUCCUUCUUGAAGGUAUCCAGGCCCCAAUGGUUUAUACCUGGACAUCAACAAGACUGUGCUGAAUUCCUCCAUUAUUUACUAGACCAGCUUCAUGAACAGGAACUCACCGCUCUACGCAGAAAACGAAAUCCCACGUCCCCUGUUAAACUCCCCAGCCCCAUGUCCUCACCAGAACACAGUGUGGAACCAAACUUCUACAAAUCAAAACUGCGCUCUGCUCAACAGGAACAAUCCACUAGAGGGCAGCAGCAUCAGAGAGAGAUUGUCAUCGAAACUAAAGACGAUGUGGAUCCAACACUGGUUGGACAAACUUUUGGUGGGAAAGUGAUGACCACCUGUAGGUGUUUAACAUGUGGACAUGAGUCGGCAAGAACAGAGUCCUUCUUUGAUUUGCCGUUAGCUUUUCCUGAUGGAAAUAAGAUAUCAAGCCAUGGCUCCUCCCUUGUAGGAGGUAAAUCGACUCCAGCUGAAAAGAAUGUUGAAAUGGAACAGGAGGGGAACACAGUGGGGAAAGUAGAGCAUGAAACAGGGGAGACAAAAAUGGAUGCAGCUCAAGUCAAAGAAUCAAAAUUGGAAGGUUUAGAUACAUUAAGUAGAAGCUCUGCAGGUCUUGAUAACAAGGAUGGCGGAAAUGACUCUUUGACAUUGGAAAAUCUGCUGGACUAUUAUCUUGAGCCAGAAAAGCUGGAAGGUGAUAAUAAGUACUAUUGUGACAAGUGCCAGGGUCUGCAAGAUGGGGAAAGGUCUAUUAAAAUUGUUCACUCCCCAAACUUUCUAAUUCUGACUUUGUUAAGAUUCUCUUACAACAUCAAGACUCAGUCGCGCUCAAAACUUUUCAAUGAGGUGAGCUAUCCUAAGACUUUAAUGUUACCUGUUCACAGAGAUGAACUGAAAGUGAAAUUUACCACCGAUGAUCCAGUGCAAUCCCCGCUCAAGUUUGAUCAACAAACCCACGAUUAUGCUGUACUUGAUAAGCCCCAGCAUGCAUUUGCACAGCAGACGACAACAGAUUCGGGUUUUGACGAUUCGACUGCUCUGGCCACUUAUGCACUCUGUGGAGUAGUUAUACACUCAGGUGCAUCGAGUGAAUGUGGCCACUACUACUGCUAUGCCCGUCACUCCCUACCAGUCACUUGCCUGGUGGACAGAAUGGAGACUGACCAGGAGACUGACCAGGAGACCGGGAAUAGGUGUGAUGACCAGGACUACUUGCAGGACAAGUGGUACUUGUUCAAUGACAGCAGAGUAACUUAUGCUUCUUUUGACUCCUUCAGUAAUGUGACAAAAAGAUUUUCCCGUGACACAGCCUAUGUCCUAAUCUACAAGAAAAUAUCUUCUGAUGACAGCAUUCUGAACCUAGAUGAUAGCAUCAACCCAGCUGUGGUAGACCCCCCUCUCAGGAAAGAUCUCAGAGAUGCUGUGAUACAGGAUAAUGCUAAGUACUUGCAGGAGCAGGAAUUAGAAGCUCGGAGUCAAGCAGUUCGUAGAAGCCUAAGCACGUCCCCAGCACGAAGUUGGAAUCGAUGGAGUGAUUUUGACGACAAGGGGGGACCCCCUGGGAGUUGUGGUCCAGGGGGUGGUGGGGGUGGGGGAGGAGGUGGGUUUGGUGGAAUAGAUCUCUCAGGGUCAAGAUUUGUCUAUUAGACAUUUGAUUGGACAGUUGUUCAUCUUCAAGUGCAUAAUAUAUAUGACAGUCAGAGUAGAUUCCUAUUAUGGAUAAGCAAAAACUCACUUGAUUCUACAGAAUCUAAAAAAUGGUUAGACCUGUAUAUCAAUUAUUUAUGGGUACAUAACAGAUCCUUACAGUAGUACAUGUCAUGUAGUAAAGUUGAUACAUUAUAAAGAGAAAUUGUGUUUGUUAUUUCUCUCAACUGCUGCAUGUAUUGUUAUUUAAUUCUCUAAUUUUUUCUGUGUCGUUUAGAUGCAUGAAGUUUUAUCAUGCUUUUAUAAGCGGUGCUAAACAUUUGAAGUACACUCUAACUGAAGGAUUGUUUUCUUAUAGAUUCUUAAAGAUGUGACUGUUUGGAUUUUGAGAAAAUACAUUAAGAACUAAUACAAUAAGUGAGGGCAAUCAAUGUAAUCUUUCUUUUACACAGACAAGUAAUUAAAUUUGACCUAUUUGUGGAGGGUUCUUAUAACUGUACUUAAGCUCUACCUCUGUUUUGGCUUCAUUUCUGUAAACGUACCCUUAAAACAAGUAAUUGUUUCCAUUCAUUGUAUUGCAUUUUUUUUUUUCGUAAUAGAAGUGCCUCCCCUUGAUAUAGAUUCUACUUGUACAAUAGACUGUUAGUGUUAUUGGCACUAAAAAUUUUAUGGACUUGAUACUUGUCUUUGAUAACUGUGAUUAAUUACUGUAGUUGUGUUUGAUUACUUCACACAUCGUAUUCAUUAUUAAAGAUUAAUAUUGAUAAAAAUUGCUUAAUAUUAUAAUUUAAUCUCUGUAGUUCAUUUCCAUUGCAGUUAUUAUUGUGUC